UACGUUCAGUAAAUAUAAUAAUUACGCGCGCGUCGAAUGUCAUCGAGCGCGAUACAAUCGUUGAACAUGUCCCGGAGUGCCAUGUUUGCCAUGAGUGAAUAGCUUUCUCGGACGAUCGCUUUUCCUUCAAUGUGCGUUGACGUUUACUCGGUUGUACGAUCGCACGAUCGCACCGAUUUUCCGAAUAUGUUCCUCGAGACGGAGCGUGUCAGCCGUGCGAGCAAAUGUAACGAGGCUCACGAGGGUUAAAAAUUGCCGAUCUGUCAUUUUCGGCCAUCCGUAUCGCAGUGACUCCGUCGAGUACACUGUCAAGUUGAUAUCCUAUUAGGGAAGAGCGGUUAGGCCUCAAAGUAUACACAUACAUCACACACACACACACACGCACACACACACACACACACACACAUGCGCGCGCGCAUUUUGCAUUCGGUCGUACAAGUGUUCCGUAACUAACGGGAAGGGAACUUGGAGCUAUAAAUUUGAGAAGAAUUGAAAAUAAUUGAAGCAAACACGAUCAUAAUGUUGAUUGCGAUUCCCACGGAGGCGCCAAGAUUUGAACUUACAGAAGUAUUGUUGUUUAACACAAGGAAGUGUCGAUAAAGGUACUAUAAGAUAAGAGGAGAAGGGAAAGAAAUAUGACAAUUACGUAAAAGUAUAUAUUAAUCAAAGUGUCAACAUGUCAAGUCGCAAGCUCGCCGGAGGGCGAGACUUGCGUGCAUUGUGAUACCUGUUAACGUCCAGUUAACGUCAGUAAUCGUGAUGAUCCGCGUCGACGUCAUGCAUGGCACAUGUUGUAAUACGAAACGUCAAAGUUUGUGUUCAGUUCUGCCGUUGUAACGCGCAUGAUAGGGAUCUCGGAUGCCGAUGAUCAUGGCGCAGGAGAACGAGGAGUAUCCGCUUCACAGAUGUAUAUUUCAAGGGGACGUGAAGACGCUGAAGAUCUUGAUUGGUACACAUGAUAUUGCUGAAAAGGAUAAACAAGGAAACACACCUUUGCAUUUAGCUGUGAUGUUAGGAAGAAAAGCAUGUGUUCAAUUAUUGCUUACACACGGGGCACCUGUAAAGGUGAAGAAUCUAGCUGGUUGGAGUCCAUUGGCCGAAGCAAUUAGUUACGGAGAUAGAAUAACCAUAUCAUCUUUAGUACGUAAAUUGAAGCAACAAGCGAGAGAACAAAUGGAAGAAAGAAGGCCAAAUUUAGUUGCUGCAUUGCAUCAAAUGGGUGAUUUUUAUAUGGAAUUAAAAUGGGAUUUUCAAAGUUGGGUACCGCUAGUCUCGAGAGUGUUGCCGUCAGAUAUAUGUAAGAUACACAAAAGUGGAGCUUCAAUUAGGAUGGAUACGACUCUUGUAGAUUUUAAUGAUAUGAGGUGGGAGAGGGGUGACAUAUCUUUCAUCUUUAAUGGUGACCAAAAGCCUAGCCAUUCAUUGACUGUCCUCGACAAUAAAGCCAAACUUUUCCAAAGAGUGAGAUAUGAGGAAACAGAGCUUGAAAUAGAGGAUGAAGUUGAUAUUCUUAUGUCUAGUGAUAUUAUGGUAGCGCAAAUGUCUACUAAAAGUAUCACAUUUUCUAGAGCACAGACAGGAUGGAUUUUUAGAGAGGACAAAAGGGAAAUGGUAGGCGCUUUUCAUGCUGAUUUUUAUCAAAUCAAUGGUAUGGUAUUAGAAAGUAGAAAACGUCGUGAGCAUUUAAGCGAGGAAGAUCUUCAAAAAAAUAAAGCUAUUAUGGAAUCCCUUACUAAAGGCAGCUCUCAAGGAUUUAAAAAUGGCGAGCCUCCUAUGAGAAGAGCAUCGUUGAAUCCGCCACCGAAAUCAAAUAUAACGUGGGAUGAAUACGUCGUUGCUUCACCUGGUCAGUGUCCACUUCUAGGAAGAAAUCUUGUUUAUAAAGAAAGUAGUAAAUCUUUCAAAGCUACUGUGGCAAUGAGUCCAGAUUUUCCCCUUACCGUCGAUAUGCUACUCAAUGUUUUGGAAGUGAUCACGCCGUUUAAGCAUUUAAGCAAGCUACGCCAAUUCGUACUUAUGAAGUUGCCCCCUGGAUUCCCAGUUAAGAUCGACAUACCAAUUCUGCCUACAGUCACUGCUAAAAUAACUUUUCAAGAGUUUGCCUUCCGAAAUGAUAUAGAUCCAGAAUUGUUUCAAGUGCCAUCAGACUACUUCGAAGACCCAAUGAGCGCGGAUGAAUCCACGGAUGAAUUAAAAUUACUCACAAAAUUAUCGCCGGUAAGCAGUGCACAAAAUGUAUAUCCGGAUAAUACACGGAAUCAAGGAGAUUUGGUUGAAUCUGCGAGUGAUCGAACGUUUCAUAUAACUAAAGGUGGAUAUCCUGGAUCAAUUGGAGGAUAUCCCGGGGGAUAUCCUGGAAGAUAUCCCGGAGGAUAUCCAUAUGAUACGGGAAUCAUUGGAUCCAUUUAUCCUAGUACAUCAUAUCGUGGCAGCAACCUGAUUCCAGGAUAUGGAGGUUAUCUUGGGCCAGGAGGACUCAUUGGCGGCGGAUAUGGAUAUUACGGUAAUUAUCCUGGGUAUGGCGGAUAUGGGGGAUAUGGAGGAUACCGAGGAUAUGGAGGCUAUGGGGAUUAUGGAAGGGGAUAUUAUCCUGGUAGUUAUGGGGGUUAUGGGGGUUAUGGUAUUGGAGGAUACGACAAUUUAGGAUACGGACGUGAUUACGGUCGUUACGAUGGAUACGAUAAUUAUGGUUAUGGAAAUACAUAUGGUACAUAUGGCUCAACAUAUGCAGCAAGGAGUCCAUAUUCUCCAUAUAGUUAUCGUAGCGAUAGUUAUGGCACUUCUUUAAGUAAUCCGUCUGGUUAUCGUGGUUAUUCAUAAACUGACUUUGUUAUACAUAUAUUUUCAUGUAACA